AUGGCAUCCCACGGGAGGGACAGGGGCAAGCCCAUGCGCGUCUCCCUGGCGGCCAACGUUCCCGCGCGGCCCUUCGGCCGGUGCGCCCCCACGCCCACGCCCUACCCCAGCACGGCGGCCAAGCUCAGCCGGAAGUCCAGCGCCAUGGGGCGGGGGGGGAUCAAUGCCGAUCCCCGCCCCCUGAAGGACCCCGAGUUCAUCAAAUCGCAGCAGGAGCUGGUGAUGGCGUUCCUGGAGAGCAAGGGGGACAUCCACGGGCUGAGCGCCAAGGCGCUGUGCGCCCCGUCCGGGAAGGAGUUCAGGAUCAUUAUCAGUGCCCUGCAGCGGGUGCUGGACCCGCGGUGCAGGAACGUGCCGCCUAAGGUGGAGGACCAGGUGCCCACGCUGCUGCGGCGGCUGCGGUAUCCCUUUCAGGUGUCCAAGUCUGCCCUCAGUGCGGUUGGCGCCCCACACUCAUGGCCACCCAUCCUGGGCAGCGUGGCCUGGCUGGUAACAUGCCACAACUACAUUCAGCAUGUGGUCACCAACAAGACCCUGGUCGGUGGCCUGGGUAUGGGAGGGUCAGGCACCGACAGUGCACUGGACCACAUUAAGGCCACCUGUUUUGAGUACCAGGGGCGUAGCUACAGGAUGUUCAUAGCAGGUGAGGAUGAACGGCAGCAAGAGAUCGAUGAGGAAAUGUUUGCAGGCUUCAGGCAGGAAGAGGAGCAGCUGGCGGAACGGAUAGAGGCCAAAAAACAGGAGCUGGAGGGUGUUGCUGAGAGAGUAAAGUGCCUGAAGACAGAGCAAUCUCCCCUGAGCCAAGCACAGCAGGAGUUCGACCUGGUCAAGAGGGACCAUCAGAAGUUUGUGAAUUUGAUACAGGCUCAGCAGGAACAACUCAAGCAGCUGAAACAGAGGGUCGCUGAGAGGGAGAGUGGCCUUGCCCACAAGAAGAGAGAGCUGGCAGAAGUGCAGCAGGAAAUCGAGAGUUUGCGUGCUCAAGUGGCAGCACAGAACAUCAGUGUCGAUGAUGUCAAUCAAAUGAUGAAUGAGAGAAAGAAGUUGGAGCAGAUGAGGGCAACUGCUGCAGCACAGCGAGCAACCAUGGAGAAGGAGGCCUACGAAUUGGAAAUGAAGGUGGAGGAGGCUUUGGACUGCCUCCAGAGUCGCGUGCAUGAAUAUAAUGUUGCAGCACAGCACCUGAAGCUCAUCCCACAGACGGCCAAGCGAGCAGCUGGACGGGAGUUUGAGAUCAACAUCGACCGAAGCGCACAAUCCCCAGGAGAACUGUGCCCGAUCGACCUGAAAGGAAUGGUCAUCCCUGCACUGCAAGAGCUGAGGGAGACCUACACCACCAGGUGUAGAUCGCUGGGGACUCAGCAGCUUGGGCUGCAAGAACAGUGCGAUUCUCUUUGCGAGAGGCUUGCCGACAAGAAGGAAACACAGCAGGAAACAGAGCAGAGGAUAAGCAAGCUUGAAGACGACUUCCAAGUUGUCAAGAAUGCCAUUGACGCUGAUGCACAGCUUGCCGAAAAGAAGAUUGAAGAAAUGAAGAUGGCUGCCGAACGAUUGAAGAAUCAUGGGGAGGCAUCCGUUGCACAGGCAGCGGAAGAAGCUUCAGCAGCAAAGGCAGCCUACGAGCAAGUGGCAAAGGAGUGUGAUGCCCAUGAGCAGAGGCUCAGGGAGGAUUUCAACAAGAUGCUGGAGCUGCUCACCGAGAGUUACCACCACGUUGGGGCCACCAUCAAGGAAGUGCGCGAUCAAAUCAAGAUGGCUUGGGAAGAGCAAGGGGAGCCACUGCACAGCCCCAAAAUCGCUGCCCCAGGCACGCCGCGGCGUUCCCUUGCCACCUGA